GUGGACGACAGGGACGAGUUACUGGAGAGCAUUAACGCGGCGAGACGGCUCGACGGGCUCAAACCGUUGGCUAAGAGACCAAGGAUAACACCGAUGGAGACGGAGGCCACCAAGACGGACACAGGCGACGACGAGCUGCUACUGCUGUACGAGGACGAGGAGAUGAUCUACCUCACGAACGCGGCGAAGCGCGACGCGGUGGUGGAGGCCAGGCUCACGCCGGACGAAAAGGUGCAGUUCGACGAGGCCAAGACCAAGGCAUUGCUACCCUGGAUCGAGAACCAGGCGUGGCAGGCGGUGAACGAGGCGACGGCGGGAGCUGGCGAAGUGUGUCCGAUGAGGUUUCUGCUGAAGUGGAAGAUGAAGGACGGAGCUCGAGAGGCAAAUGCGCGAGUGAUUCUUCAAGGAUUUCACUUGGAGGAGGUGACGAGCACCAACGUGGAGAAGGCAAGCCCUACUCUGACGAGGCUCGCGAGGUACCUCAUCCUGCUCAUCUUGCGCCAGCAGUCGUGGAAGAUGGUGGCAGCUGACGUGAAGAGCGCAUUCCUGCAGGCCAAAGACAUUCGUGAGCAGGGUGUGCGCAUUUUCAGCAGACCGACGAAGGACAUCCGAAGGAGGUUGGCAAAGAUGAUGGGCCUAAAGGACGACGAGAUAUUGCAGAUGCUUAAGCUAGCUUUCGGAGAUGUUCGCGCUCCAAGGCAGUGGAAUCAGACGAUCACGGAGGCCAUGAUCGACAUCGGAUUUCUUCAGCACCAGCUGGAUCGGUGCUGUUUUCUGUCGUACCGCAUCGCGGCCGACGGCGACGACCCCUUUCUGGUGUGGAGCGCAGACGACGGCCAGAACUACGUCCUGGACGGCAUUCUGGGUUUACACGUGGACGACUUCAUCGGCGGCGGCGAGAACUUGGAGUGCGAGGCCGACCUGACCGACAAGCAGGCCUACGAGGGCACGUUCCUGGACAGGGUGCAGACUCUCAGCAGGCGCUUUAAGUUCGGCAAGUGGGAGCUUCAGAACGGUAUCGUUUUCUGCGGUAUGGAGACCACGCAGUCGCAGUCAAGGAACGAGAUCGAGGUCAAGGCCGAGCAGUACAUCCACAAGGCGAAGCCGAUUAGCAUCGAGAAGGUACGCCGCCAGCACCCGGACGAUUUGUGCACGCCGAAGGAGAUCAGCCAGCUACAAGGACUUAAUGGAGCUAUGCAGUGGCCGGAAUCCCAGUGCAUGGUGCAGGCGGCGGCGACAGUUUCUUUUGCCCAAGGUGACGUGAGCAAAGCCACGGUUGGAAGUUUGCUGGAGGCCAACAAGUCAUUGCGGCUCCUGAAGGCGAGUGGCGACGUGGGCAUCCGUAUUCGUUACGUGCCCAAGUGGGAGCAGCUACGACUCGGAGUGUACUGGGACGCUUCAUGGGCAACAAGACAAAACGGCGAGUCGCAAGGAGGCUACGUGAUCUUCGCGAUCGAGGACGACAGGAUCGACGACGGCCAGGCCACGUUUUUGGUUAUCAUCGAUUGGACGAACAAGAAGUUGGUUCGCAUUUGCAGGAGUUCUCUGGCCGGGGAGGCUCAGGCGGCGGCCAACGCGGUGGACGCUCUGGAGUUUGCGAAGACGAUGCUGACCACGAUGCUCUACCCCAACAUGCAGCUGACGGGGCCGGACAUGCUGCAGGUGCUCGGGCGAAGCCCGUGUAUCACAGACUGCAAGGCGCUCUACGAUGCAGCCAAUUCUCAGGCGCCAGCCGGUGGCCUGACGGAGCGCAGGACGGGCAUCGAGAUCAUGCAAGUGAACGAGAAGAUGAAGGAGUUCGGCGGAGUGUGGAGAUGGACGAAUACACAUCAGCAGAUGGCGGACGGGCUGACUAAGUUGCAGGUGCGACAGCAGUUCGUGGAGAAGCUGAGGAGGAUGACACACGCGCUGAAGUACGACGCGACGUUCACGGCAGGCAAGAAGAUCAGCCAGCAAGAGCGUGACAAGAACGAGCAGGAGCUAAACGACGCGGCGGCCGACUUCGACGAGGCGAAUGCGGUGGACCAGACACCAGAUGAAGUGCCAGCGCGAGAGAUGGUCAGAGCGACGAGGGCAGGGACCAGGACAGCACAGAGACUGGCGGCGCUUGUGGCGACAACGGCGGCUACGACGACAAAAGCGGAGGAGACCUGCCCAAGCCUGGACAUCAACGAGACGCAGUGGAUCUACGUGACCGUGCUCACGAUGUCGCUGGUUGUGAUGGUGCUGGUUUGCGGCAGUUGUUUGUGUGUGACGUGCUAUUUCAAACGGGCGAAUGAGCGAUUCUGGAAAACAAAGAACGAGGAGAUGAAACGCUGUUUGAGAGACACGCCAGCCUCACGCAGAGACGACAACGCCGAGUACAUGCGGAUGAAGACGAAGUUGAGUGAGCAAGCCGAUGAGAUCGAGCGCUUGAAAGAGAAGAACGAAGGGCAACGGAGUAAGAUCGAAGAAAGAGCCAAGCAGAUAGUCGACAUGCAGCCAUACAUGGAGAAGCUGAUGACGGAUUUCGAGCAGCGCGGCAAGAGCUUAGCGGCAUACGACGAGAAGCUGACCAAGACCGAGAAGCUACUGCAGGACGCCAACGAGGAGCUUGGACUGUGCUACAAAAGGCUGUCGACGCUGAACGGUUCGAACGACAAGUUGGAGCGGCAGCUGAAUAACACGAGGAACGAGUUACGGCAGAUGACGCUGAGAGCUCGAGACGUGCCGGAGCCCAAACGAAUGAGGUCGGCGAACACUCAGUCACAGUGUACGUAUCGACGAGAUCUAGCCACGCCGAGGUUCCAGGAGAUAAAGUCGAUUCACGAGCCGACGGUGACCACGACGGACGAGUUCACGGCAG